AUGUCCUACUACUACCCCUUCCCUUACCCAAUCUACACCUACCCCAUCACCCCUAUCAUCCCCGUCUACCAACCCACAACAAUAACCACCAUAUCCACGCCCCUAAUCCAACAAACAGUAGGCUGGAACCCCAUCCACGGACACGAUACCAGUUCUUCACCACCUGGAGUGGGAAGUAGAGUAGUUGGUUUGACAACUGGUUUGGCGAUGCCGAUAGGCGGGGUUGCGUUGGUGCAUAAUGGGACGCAUAUGGGAGCACAGUCUGGGGGUUUGUGUGGGAAUUGUGGAAAUUGUGGAAGUGUGAAUGCGAAUGGAAAUGCGAGUACAGCAACAAAUGCGACUGCAAAUUUACAAACUCCUGAUCCGGCUUCAGGAACUCAACCUGGAUAUGGAUCGGGAUCGGGGUCUGGAUCCCAAGCACAACCUUCCGCCUCAAAAGUCAAACCUAAAUCUAUCCUUAAAUCAACUACGACACCAUCGGCAACUUCAAGACCUUCAUCAUCACCACCAUCUUCUCCUACGAAGUCGAAAUCGAAAACCGCACUUGAACCUCCGCUUAAUAUUCUUACUCAUGCUAAUACGAAUGCGAAUUCGGGAUCAUCUUCAUAA